UUUAGCGAGAUUAUUAACUUCCGGAUAUGCCUUGAAUCUGAGGAUAAAGGUGUUGUGCAUUGUGCAUUCAUCAUUAAUGUGGAUGUCUGAUGCCAGUAUGCCCAUAAUGGGGCAGUAUAAGUGUCGAUCUUCAUAUGACAGCAAAUUUUCAAAGGCAGAUAUAAGAAGGCAAAUAAAACUGUUCAAUGUAAAAUACGCCAGUAGUUGGAUAAAACAUCCAAAGUCGACACAGUCAAAGUUCACAACAACAAUGAAGGAAUUAACUGCAUCCUCAUUCCGCAGGGCAACAGGCCAUUUUCAGCAACCCCUGAAAUUCUUAAUUGAGGCUAAGUGCCCAUUUUCAGCUCGAACAAUGACAAUUAAAGAGGCCUGUGCAAAUGUUGGGAUUUCCCUCUUGAAAGUGAUGCAAGGGAUGGUUCGCUGCACCUCAAAACAAAAUAUGAAUAUUGGCAUCAAAUUCAAGGACAACAACACCUGAAAGACACCCAAUGCUGUGAUUUGCUAGUGUGGAUUCCUAGUGACACUCAAAUAAUUCACAUCGACAAAGAUGUAUUAUGUCAACCUUUCAAGCGGGAUAGAGUUUAAUUAUAAUAAUGAAGUAUUUUUGCAGUCUAAAACAUACACACAUAACCACAUGUACAUCAGUGGUGCAUCUAUCAAAAUUAUGUAAUUACAUGUAUAUUUAUUGAAUAAACAUUAUAGACAGAGUUUUUCUUAUUUUAGAUGAACCAAAAUACAUGUAUGUAUAGACACAGUGUCCAGCUUUACAAAAAUCAUUCAAUUACAUGCAUUUACUAAAA